AUGUCAGACGCGUUCGUUCUUAGGAAUUCUGCGUACCUUCCCUGGAUCUCGGGUCCUUCAGCUCGACUCGGACGAAUCGUAAACGCAGUCGCAUCUUCCGGUAGCCGUCUUCCAUUCGAAGCGCCUCAUUCUCACCUAAACACAUCGUACGAGACAGAAGCCUUUCUGCCGGUACUGAAUUGCACCGCAGCAAAUAACACCGUGCACGACGAUAUAUUGCGAUUUGCCAACGAGACUAGAGUCGCCGCGGUGAAUAACUUGACUACUGACAGUCUGAAAUGGACGAAUUCUAAGAUCCCUUCCUACGGAGAGAUUGGUUACCUCGGACUCUCAUAUCCAAGGACCCUGGAGAAAACUCCAUUAGGUCUGAACUGGAACAAUACUGAGCAAACCACCAACGAGUUUGCUUUUGCUAUUCAGAAAAGACCAACUGAUGUACCGUAUCAAUCUGAUACGGAGUAUUUGUCAUGCGAAGUGUGGAACGCUACUGUCUCAUACACCGUCAAAACCCGCAAUAGUGUAGUCGGUAUCGAGAACAUUCAUUGGGAGUUACUCAACAAGUACGAUCCGAAGGAUGCGUGGGUCAAUAGCUCUCUCUCGCCAGGUCAGGGCUCUCCUGCCUAUUCUGGAUAUACCAUAGGCCUAGCAAGCUAUUUGCUUGGGUAUGUCGCCUGGCACAGGGAUAACACGCGAAUGUCACUGGAUUCGGCUGGCCGGCUUGACGCGACAUCUCUUUCUACGGGGGCGCAGUUUUACAACAUGACUCGCGACAUAAACCAGGCAAUCCAAAUUGUCAACACUCUUCAAAACCCGUCCAGCGUCCGGGAUAUUUCAUUCCGUGAGGACGUCGAAGCAUUUGCGCUGAAUGUGUCUUUGAGCAUGGUCAACGAUGCUUCGCUUUGUACCAAAGUCCCUGUCAAUGUCACCACGUUCACUUCUGCGGUCGUCUACGCCUACAACCCGCAGAACCUCCUGCUCUCAUACGGACUGGCCAUCCUUGCUAGUACCAUCUCCAUUGCCUUUGGACUGUUUGCGAUGUGGAAGAACGGUGCAUGCUAUGAUAAUCGAAUGUCUACUUUCGGCACGGCGAUGCAAGGCUUUGAUGUCAAAGAGGUCUUCGAGGACUCUAAAACACGGGCGGCACAACCGCUAAGAGGACAAGCUGCGAAGACAAAGCUGAUGUUCGAUGCGGAAGAAGGUUUCGUACUCGGCCACCGCAAGCGGCCCAGCGGCGGCUCAAGUAUCGGCACGCCUAUAACAGAAGAAGGUUUCGUACUUGGCCAGCGCAAACGGGCCAGCGAAGGUUCAAACGUCGGCACGCCUAUCAGAGAAUGA